UACAAGAACAAUGGCAUUAGCCACCGGACAGGCCUUACAUGGACAGAAACUAGCCUAAUGCCUGUGUUUGUGUAUGAUUACAGAGGUUGGUUAGAGAAGACACAUCUACCAUCUGGCUACCAUGGGUGUUCCUGUUUGCCUGAUACUGUUUCUACAUUUCCUGCAACCCACCUUAUAUGACGAGAGUGAUCCUUGUCAUACCUACACUGUGCUGAAUGACACCUGGAGGGCCACCACCAACCUGGACCGGUCAGUGACAAGGUGUGACAGUGACGUCCAGUGGCAGGGUUGGUACCGCAUGUUCCACCAGGAGGCGAGUGUUCUGAUACCUAAUGUGUGUGUGCCUGACAAGCGCUGCGGUACCGAUGUACCUCUAUGGCUGAAUGGUUCACACCCUCGCCCGGAAGAUGGCAUCGUGACCAGAGAGGUGUGUGGGCACUGGCUGGAUGGCUGCUGUGAUUUCAAACCACCACCUAUCCAGAUGAAAGCGUGUCCAGGAAACUACACCGUUUACAAACUAGUGGACCCUCUUACCUGCUCUCUGGCAUAUUGUGCAGAUGUAACAACUGCAACAAUUCCUGCUGCUGUAACUAAUCCUGCUCCAACCACGCCAAGUGGGCGCCACACUACACAGGGUAUAUUUUACCCAUUUGGAUCAGCUGCCGGUGACACUUUUAGCAGUCGUAUUCUCGAUGGCAGCUCCCCCAUCAUUCCCCUGCUACGCCCGUUACCUUUCUUCGGUCGCAUGUACCAGCAAAUUUUCGUGAAUCACCAUGGGCACAUCACAUUCAAUCAGUCACUCUCCCAAUACGUGACGCAUGAGUUCCCUGCAAACUCCACCAUGGACAUUAUCGCCCCCUUCUGGACAGAUCUAGACAAUCGUGAAUCAGGGAACAUUUCCUAUCAGCAGUAUACUAGCGGUGAUGCUCUUCAAACCGCAACUCAAGACAUCAGCUCCUACUUCCCCAAUGUGACUUUUACUGCUUCCUGGGUGUUUGUGGCCACUUGGGACAGAGUGGCCUAUUAUCCAAAUACAGGGACGGAGAACACCUUCCAGGUGGUUUUGAUUUCUGACAGUAAACUGGCUUUCAUCUUAAUGAACUACGGUGACAUUGCCCCAACUCCAGUGUAUCAAGUGCAGAUUGGAUAUGACACUAUCAGUUCAACCCUCUACGGGUCUCUACGCACCUGUUAUCCAAACAACAGUAUUGACAUUGUCAACUUAAAGACCUCCAGCAAUGUCAACGUCCAGGGACGAUGGGCCUUCUUGACCACGCUCCAGUCAACCAGCUUCAGCUGUACAAACACCUCAGGAUUGCCAGAACCGCAGCCAGGUGAGCUGAGCAUCCCAUUUAUUUACUUCAGACACCUUUAUGAAAUGGUACCGUUUGGACCUACAUCCUGA